UGCUCAUCAUCAUCAUCAAAUAGCAUCCUCGUACUCCACCAGCCUAUUGCCUGUGCGUAGAUGGAGCAGAGGGAGCAGCAGAAGGUGGAGGCAUGUUUCAUAUUUGCCUUCAUGUGCAUUCUUCUCGGCGCCUUCAGCAAACUAACAGCUGCUGAGGAACUCAUUCAGGAGCACAGUGUCUUUAUAUGGAAGGUAUCUAAAAUACAUAUCCUGAAGUGUCAUUAGAGCGGAUCGAAGAGGCGCCGGCAAUAUUUCCCUGGACCACCAGUGGGAAGAGAUAUUCAGUCAAGGCUCAGGCUUUACACCAACCAAGUGAUGGAUGUGCUUUAAAAUUGUGACAGUGUGACGGUGGCAGACUGAGCACAGGGAUGUAAGAGGACCAGUAAACAUGACCCUGUUGGCGGGCGAUGGCUCCGACUACGACUACAGUGCCCUGAGCUGUGCCUCUGAUUCCUCCCUCAACGGACCCCCCCUACACGAGGAGGAGGCUCGGAAGGGGGCCUUCUACAAGAGGGCGCAGCGGGUCCCGGAGCUCAGCUCCAUCCAUGAGGACACCCUGUCCGGCGCCCGUAAACUCCACGCCAUCAUCAAUGUGGGCGGCCUGCGCUACCAGCUGCCCUGGACCACCUUAGAGGACUUCCCCCUGUCCCGGCUGGGACAGCUGCACCUCUGCAGUAGCUUUGACGAGAUAAUGCGCAUCUGCGAUGACUACGAUGUCGCGCACAAUGAGUUCUUCUUCGACCGCAGCCCGUGCGCCUUCCGCACCAUCCUGACCUUCCUGCGGGCGGGGAAGUUGCGCUCCCUCAGGGAUAUGUGCGCCCUCUCCUUCAGGGAGGAGCUGCUCUACUGGGGGGUCCCCGAGGAGAGCCUGGAGUGGUGCUGCCGCCGGCGGCUGCUGCAGCGCGUGGAGAACUUUGAAGCGAUGGAGAGAGCGGAGGAGGAGGAGGACCUGUUGGAGGACCUGUUGGAUUCAGACAGUGGACACAGGGAGCACGCGGCCGAGUCCAGGCUCAAUCGGUGCAUGGCCAAGCUCCGGGACAUGGUGGAGAGGCCUCACUCGGGCCUGCCGGGGAAGAUCUUUGCUUGUUUGUCAGUACUCUUUGUCACCAUCACCGCCGUCAACCUGUCCAUAAGCACCAUGCCCGCCAUGAGGGAGGAGGAGGAGGCGGGCACAUGUUCCCAGAUGUGCUACAACAUCUUCAUAGUGGAGACGGUGUGCGUGGCCUGGUUCUCCCUGGAGUUCACGCUGCGCUUCAUUCAGGACCGCAGCAAGCUGGCCUUCCUCCGCCAGCCCCUGAACCUGAUCGACGUGGUGGCCAUCCUUCCGUACUACAUCACCCUGGUGGUGGACAGCACCUCCUACGGGGAGAAGCGCCUGGGCUCUGGCAACAGCUACCUGGACAAAGUGGGCUUGGUGCUCCGCGUCCUGAGAGCCCUGCGCAUCCUCUACGUGAUGCGGCUGGCUCGCCACUCUCUGGGCCUGCAGACUCUGGGCCUCACCGCCCGCCGCUGCACGCGGGAGUUCGGACUGCUCCUCCUCUUCCUGUGUGUGGCCAUCGCACUCUAUUCCCCCUUGCUGUACUUGAUUGAGAACGAAAUGGCCGUCACGCAAGAGUUCACCAGCAUCCCCGCCACCUACUGGUGGGCCGUGAUCACCAUGACGACUGUGGGCUAUGGGGACAUGGUGCCCAGGAGCAUCCCGGGUCAGGUGGUGGCUCUGAGCAGCAUCCUGAGCGGGAUCCUCCUCAUGGCCUUCCCCGUCACCUCCAUCUUCCACACCUUCUCGCGCAGCUACGUGGAGCUGAAGCAGGAGCAGCAGCGGCUGCUGCAGAGGAGGACGCACUUCCUGCUGCGCAGCCGCAUGGCCAGCCUGGGCAGCGACCUGUCCUUCGAGAGUGACGUGCUAUUCCCAAUAGGGGCAUCUGUCGUCAGAGGCAAGGACAAGUGAGACUGCUGGACAGGGAGGGACAUGCGAACUGGGAGUGGGACAGGAAGAGAGGAAGAAGGAGGCUACAAAAGAGACUGAAGGUGUGAAGAAAUAAGAGAGAGAGAGCAGGACAGGAAUAAGGAUAUUAUGGAAGAGGAUUAGGGCCAUCCAUCCAUCCAUCCAUCCAUCCAUCUUCAUCCGGUAUGGGUCUUGGGCGGAGAAGCUCCAGCAGGGGACCCCAAAUAUCUCUUUCCAGAGCCACAUCAACCAGCUCCGACUGGGGGAUCCCGAGGCGUUCCCAGGCCAGGUUGGAGACAUAAUUUCUCCACCUAGUCCUGGGUCUUCCCCGAGGCCUCCUCCCAGCUGGAUGUGCCUGGACCACCUCCCUAGGGAGGCGCCCAGAAAGCAUCCUCACCAGAUGCCCAAACCACCUCAACUGGCUCCUUUGGACGUAAAAGGAGCCAGUUAUGAAAAAUGUAUUUGAGAUCCGAGUUUGAAGUCAAAUCUCUGAGUUUAAAGUCAGAAUUGUAUUUUAAUACACAUCAAUCAACAUUUCAGUACAUGUGCCAGCGUUAGCCAGUCGGCUAAUUUCCCACCGCAGUCCUUUGGACAGAUGAUUUUAGACCAUGGCAGGAAAAAGCAACAAAAAAAACAUUAACAUAGGUUAAAAUAUACCCAUAGUAAUCAAAAGACCCCAUAAUACAGCUAGACAAGAAAUAGAAUUCUGAGUUAGAAUCUGACUAUUUCCUCAGAAUUCUGACUUUAAACUCAGUCAGGACUUUAAAGAAUUUUCUGAAUACACAUCCACAAUUUUUCCUAUGCAGCCCUAAUCCUCUUCCCUAGAAUAUAGAUAGAUAGAAGGCUAUAUAGAGAGAAGUCUGUAUAGACACGAUACAGAGGAGAAAAUGGGAUUUUGUUCUUCCCAGAAUUGCAGUCGUGCUGUGUAGCAGUGUACUUUUGGAGAAACACACACACACAAAGAGGAGAGGAGAAAAGGAUUAUAAGUAUUAAAGAAAUGCCUCCGUCAAAAAAUGAAUUAUCUCUGGAUAAAAGG